AUGAAGAAGUCGAUUUUUAUCUUUUUUCUGUUACUUUUGUUCUUCAUGAUACUUGCUUAUGCCUCAUCACAAGGCUUUUGUGACGCAGACCAAUGCCGCGUGUUGGAGUUCACCCCUGAAAAAGCAUUUGACGGGAAACGUCUCAUAAACCACGUCAUUCGCAUCGUUGAAGUUCUGACAAUGAGUUUUUGUGACAACAUGUGUUAUAUGGAACCUGACUGUGUCAGCAUUAAUGUUAAUAAAGGAGUGAGUAGUCAUGGACGCUACAAAUGUGAACUGAAUAAUGUUACUCACGAAAGACACGAACACGACCUGGAGAAGAAAGACGAUUAUUUUUAUCAUGCAGCUGAGAGCGCUUGUGUUGAUAACCCUUGCGAUAACAAUUCUACUUGUCAAAGCGGUUUUACUGACCAAGGAUAUCGCUGUUUGUGUACCACUGGAUUCAAAGGUCCAAGGUGUAAGAAAGAUAUCGACGAGUGUGCUAUAGGAAAAACGAACUGCAGUGCUGAUGCUGUGUGUAACAAUACUAAGGGAUCGUACAAUUGCACAUGCAAACAGGGAUACUAUGGGGAUGGAAAUAUCUGCCGUUCGGCUUCGACGUGUAAGGAAAUUUUCGACAAGAAUGUAUCGAAAAAGAGUGGCGAGGUUAUCCUGCACUUAGACUCAAAACCAAUUUCUGUUUUCUGUCACAUGGGAGACUUUGGAUGCGGAGAUGGAGGAUGGACACCGAUCAUGAAGAUUAAUGGCAAUAAGCAAACCUUUCACUAUCAUUCGUCAUUCUGGAGAGACAAAGCUGAUUACAAUCUUAAAGGGGGUAUGAAUGGGUUUGACUCACAAGAGACCAAGCUUCCAUCCUACUGGAACACAUCUUUUUCGAAGGUCUGUCUCGGUAUGGGGAUUGGCUUUCAGCUCAAGUUCAUUGUCUUUAAUAAGCGCGCCAGCUCACUUUACUCGCUGAUCGCUGACGGUCAAUACCGCCAGAUAUCACUCGGUCGUGACACAUGGAGGACCCUCAUUGGCUCAGAAGCUUCCUUACAGCCCCACUGCAACUUGGAAGGGUUCAAUGCUAUGGUUAAUAAAUGGGCCUCCAAGGCAAGAAUUGGUAUCAUUGCCAACCAAGAAAACCAUUGCAAGAGCUGUGACUCUAGAAUUGGAUUUGGUACCGGAGGGUAUCCUAAUAACUUCAACACGUGUGGAAACCAAGCAAGGCACGGGGGAGAUAAUGGAGAAAAACACAUUGAAGCCAUGGGGUACAUCUUGGUGCAGUGACAAGGAAAGCUAUGAACAGCCUUUAAAACCACGCCCUAUGCGCACCUUCAAAGUGUAGAUAUAGCUUAAGUUAAGACUAUACAGGCAAAAACCAAAAUAUUAAGCGUAAGACUUAAAAUUAAUUCAGUUUCAUUUGCGCAAACCUUAUUAAAAACAUUAAGGAAUGGUUUAAUUAUGUGGGCGGCAAUGCCACUCAAUUUAAAGCAAGAAUCAGCAUCACUGCUAACGAGCACAAUAAUUCCUUUUUAGUGAAUUCAAUAUCAAAUUUGUUUCAGAAGGGCUUCAUUGCUGAUAUCGUUGGGAAAAGUUGGUAUAAUGUAUAAAGCUAGUCUUUAACUUUAUGUACUUUAUCAC